AUGGCGAUGAAAACAGCGGGCGGCAACGCCGCAUUCCACAAUUUCCACAACGACUUUGCCCAUAUCCAGGACCCCAACGAGCGACGACGACUUGCCCUCGCCGAGAUCGACAAGGCUCCUUUUGGCUGGUAUCAUGUCCGGGCCGUUGUGGUCGCCGGUAUUGGUUUCUUCACCGAUGCCUAUGAUAUCUUUGCCAUCAACUUGGUAACGGCCAUGUUGGGUGUCGUCUACUGGCAGGACACACCUAACCCCAAAGACGCCGGCAAGAUCCCUACCAACUCGGAUACUGCCAUCAAAGUUGCAACCUCUGGUGGUACUGUCAUCGGUCAGGUUGGUUUCGGUUGGCUGGCCGAUAUCGUUGGCCGCAAGCGGAUGUACGGUCUCGAAUUGAUCCUCAUUAUCUUCGCUACUCUUGCCCAAGCUCUGUCCUCGGAUUCUCCUGCCAUCUCAGUUGUCGGCCUCAUCAUUUUCUGGCGAGUAAUGAUGGGUAUCGGUAUCGGAGGUGAUUAUCCUCUUUCUUCCAUCAUCACUUCUGAGUUCGCCACGACCAAGUGGAGAGGUGCCAUGAUGGGUGCCGUCUUUGCUAUGCAAGGUAUUGGCCAAUUCACUGCUGCCAUCAUUGCUUUGAUCGUCGUCACUGGCUUCCAUCAAUCCCUCAAGACUGCUAAGACUGUCGACCUCUGUGAUGGUGUUUGCCAACUUGCGGUUGACAAGAUGUGGCGUGUCAUCAUUGGGUUUGGCGCAGUCCCUGGUUGUAUUGCCUUGUACUUCCGUCUCACCAUCCCCGAGACUCCCCGUUAUACCUUCGAUGUUGCCCGUGACUCGGAAAAGGCUGUCGAGGAUGUCAAGGCCUACCGACUCGGACAGCAUGAGGGCAAGCCCGACGAAGUUAGCCGCGCAGCUGUCUUGCAAGACUCCCGCCAGCGUCUCGAAACUCCCAAGGCCAGCUGGCAUGAUUUCUGGCGACACUACAGCCAAUGGAAGCAUGGAAAGGUCCUUCUCGGAACUGCUGGUUCAUGGUUCUUCCUCGACGUUGCUUUCUACGGUCUCGGUCUCAACAACUCGAUCAUUCUCCAGGCCAUUGGCUACGCCAAGGGUGACAACGUCUACGAGAUUUUCUACAACACGGCUGUUGGUAACCUGAUCAUUGUCUGCGCAGGCGCCAUUCCAGGCUACUGGGUGACGGUAGCGACAGUUGAUACUAUUGGUCGCAAGCCUAUCCAAUUGAUGGGCUUCACCAUCCUCACCAUCAUCUUUAUCAUCAUCGGUUUUGCCUACAACCAUCUUCAUGAAGGUGGGCUUCUGGCUCUCUACGUCUUGGCUCAGUUCUUCUUCAACUUUGGGCCCAACGCAACCACGUUUAUCGUCCCCGGCGAAUGCUUCCCCACUCGCUACCGAUCUACUUCGCACGGUCUCUCGGCCGCCUCGGGUAAAGUUGGCGCCAUUGUCGCCCAGACCGUCUUUGGCCCUCUCCGAACCAAGGGACACCCUACCAAGGACAACCCGUCUCCUUGGCUCGACCACGUCAUGGAGAUCUUUGCUCUCUUUAUGCUCUGUGGUGUCUUCACGACUCUCCUCAUUCCCGAGACCAAGCGCAAGACUCUCGAAGAACUCGCUGGUGAAGUGCCGGGCACCAAGAACUAUGACCCUGAAACUGCAGGUCACCGCAAGGACUCAUAUGUCGCCCAGCCGACCAGCGACGGUGUCGUUGAGGGUGACAAGGCCGCUUGA